AUGUUUUCCCCACUCAUGUUUUUUUUCUGUUCACGCUCAUGUUUUCUUUUUUCUUUUUCCACCCACUCAAGAUAUUUUCCCAAAAUUUUCUUUUCUGUUCCCCCAUGUUUUCUCAUGUUUUUUUCUUUUCUGUUUUUUCCCCAACUCAUUUUUUUCUUUUUUUCUUUUCUCCACUCAUGUUUCUUUUCUUUUCCCACUCAAGAUAUAUUUUCCCCACUCAUGAAUUUUUUCACAUUUUCAUGUUUUCUUUUCUCCCCAAACAUUUUCUUUUCCCAAAUAUAUAUUUUUUUUAAUCACUCAUGUUUCUUUUCUGUUCCCACUCAUGUUUUCUUUUCUCCACAUGUUUUUUUUCUUUUUUACUCAUAUUUUUUUUCUUUUCCCACUCUGUUCACAUAUAUUUUCCCCACUCAUGUUUCUUUUCCCACUGUGUUAUUUUCCUGUUUUUUCCCCACUCUUUUAUCCCCACUCAUGUUUCUUUUCUGUUCCCACUCAUGUUUUCUUUUCUCCACUCAUAUUUCUUUUCUUUUCCCACUCAAGAUAUAUUUUCCCCACUCAUGUUUCUUUUCUGUUCACACUCAUGUUUUCUUUUCUUUUCCACUACUUUUCUUUAUCCCACUCAAUUUAUAUUUUUUUUUUUCUGUUCCCAUACAUUUUUUCCACUCAUGUUUCUUUUCUAUUCACCACACAGAUUCCUCAUCUUUUCCCCGAUUUAUAUUUUCUUUUCCCUACGCCUGUUUCCUUUUUUUUCUGCAUACAUUUUUUCUUUUCUACACUCAUGUUUCUUUUAUUUUGUACAAUCAUGUUUCUUUCUUCCACUCAUGUUUCGCUUUUUUUUUCACUCACAUUUUCUUUUACCCUCUCCUCGUUCUUUUUUGCCCACUCAUCUAUCUUUUCUUUUCUCCACUCACGACUUCUUUUCCCCACUCAUGUUUCUUUUCUUUUACCCACCUAUGUUUUCUUUCCCCAAUCAUGUUUCUUUUUCCCCACUUAUGA